CUGGCAGAUAAUUGUGAUGAUCAGUUGGUGUCUGCUUUACCCCAGUCAUCAUUCAGCAGUUCAUCAGAGCUCUCUAGCAGUCACAGCCCUGGAUUUGCAAGGCUUAAUCGAAGAGAGGGUGCUGGUGGCUGGUCUCCACUUGUGUCCAAUAAAUAUCAAUGGCUUCAGAUUGAUCUUGGUGAAAGAACUGAGAUUACUGCUGUUGCUACUCAAGGUGGUUAUGGGAGCUCCGACUGGGUAACAAGCUACCUUUUGAUGUUUAGUGAUAGUGGACGAAACUGGAAGCAGUAUCGUCAAGAAGAAAGCAUUUGGGUAUGUUCUUUCAAUAAUGAGAAUUAAGUUUCUGCAGAAGACUUAAAAUACUUUAGGCUCAAACCACUAAUCCACACUUCUUACUUGUUUCUCAGAUCAAAACCACUACAAUGGACUUCCCGAGGCCGGCUGAAGAUGAGGCAGCAGUGCUUUGGGUAUGCCUUUAGGUCCGAGGUGGUUGGCUUUGAUGGGAAAAGUUGUCUAAUUUACACAUUUAAUCAAAAACUCAUGAGUGCACUGAAAGAUGUGAUUUCUCUGAAGUUUAAGACAAUGCAAAGUGAAGGAAUUCUCCUCCAUAGAGAAGGACAAAAUGGAGACCACAUCACCCUGGAAUUAAUUAAAGGGAAGCUGUCCCUACUUAUUAAUUUAGGUGAUACUAAAACUCACCCUUCUAAUGCCCAAAUUAAUAUUACGCUGGGCAGCCUUUUGGAUGAUCAACACUGGCAUUCUGUUCUCAUUGAGCACUUUAACAAUCAAGUAAACUUUACAGUGGAUAAACACACUCAUCAUUUUCAUGCAAAAGGAGAAUUCAAUUAUUUGGACCUUGAUUAUGAGCUCAGCUUUGGAGGGAUCCCGGUGCCUGGAAAAUCAGUGACAUUGUCACGCAGGAACUUUCAGGGUUGUUUUGAAAAUAUUUAUUAUAAUGGAGUGAACAUUAUUGACCUUGCCAGGAGGCAUAAAUCUCAGAUCUACUUUGUGGGCAACAUGUCCUUCUCAUGUCUAGAGCCACAGGUGGUUCCUGUUACAUUUCUGAGCUCCAGUAGUUACCUGGCACUGCCAGGCACAUCAGGGCAAGAUGAAGUAUUCAUCAGUUUCCAGUUUCGCACCUGGAACAAGGAUGGACUUCUAUUGUCUAGUAAACUACACCAGGCUGCAGGUGGUUUCCUCUUAUAUCUGAGUGAUGGGAAAGUUAAAAUCAGUCUUCAUAAACCAGGAAAAGCACUGAGUGACAUCACUGCAGGUGCUGGAUUAAAUAACGGCCAGUGGCAUUCUGUAUCCUUCUCUGCCAAAAGGAAUCGUAUCAGUGUAAUAGUGGACUAUGAUGUGACCUUGUCUGCUCAUGCCUCCACACCUCUGCAAAUUUAUUCUGGGGAUGCUUUCUACUUUGGAGGCUGCCCUAGCAGUGGAAACAUUUCUGAAUGUAAUACCUCAUUUGCUGGCUUUCAAGGAUGCAUGCGACUCAUUUCCAUUGGUAACAAAGCAGUGGAUAUGAUCUCAGUUCAGCAAAAUGUUUUUGGCAAUUUCAGUGACCUUCAGAUAGAUUUAUGUGGCAUUAUAGACAGGUGUUUGCCUAAUUACUGUGAACAUGGUGGUGAAUGCUCACAGUCCUGGAACAGCUUCUACUGCAACUGUGCCAAUACUGGUUACAAGGGAGCUACUUGCCACUAUCCCAUCUAUGAGCAAUCAUGUGAAGCCUAUAAGCACAGAGGGAACAUUUCAGGCUUUUACAAUAUUGAUUCAGAUGGAAGUGGCCCCUUGGGACCUUUUCUUGUAUACUGUAAUAUGACAGAUACAACAUGGACAAUUAUACAGCAUAACAACACCAACCUAACCAGAGUCAAAAGUGCUAAUCGAGAGAACCCCCACAAUGUGUUUUUCAAGUACUCCGCCAACCUCGACCAGCUUCAGGCUACGAUUGACCACGCAGAGCACUGUGAACAGGAGCUUACUUACCACUGCAAAAAGUCAAGGCUUUUAGAUAAGCCAGGUGGGAUGCCACUGAGCUGGUGGAUUGGAAGAACCAAUGAAACACAGACUUACUGGGGAGGUUCCUCGCCUGCUGUACAAAAAUGUGCUUGUGGAUUAGAGGGGAGCUGCAUUGAUUCCCAGCAUUACUGUAACUGUGAUGCGGACAGAGAUGAAUGGACUAAUGAUACUGGAUUCCUCUCCUACAAGGAGCAUCUACCAGUAACUGAAAUUGUGAUCACAGAUACUGACAGACCAAAUUCUGAAGCAGCUUACAAACUGGGGCCUUUGUUUUGCCGUGGUGACAGAACAUUUUGGAAUUCAGCAUCUUUCAACACAGAGACGUCCUACCUGCAUUUCCCCACCUUCCAUGGAGAGCUGAGCGCAGAUGUCUCAUUUUUCUUUAAAACUACUUCUUCCUCAGGAGUAUUUUUAGAAAACCUGGGAAUUCAAGACUUCAUAAGGAUAGAGUUAUACUCUCCAUCUGAAGUGAUUUUUUCGUUUGAUGUUGGAAAUGGACCUAGCGAAGUUACAGUGCAAUCACUCACUUCCUUAAAUGACAACCAGUGGCAUUAUGUGAAGGCUGAACGAAACAUCAAAGAGGCAUCCUUACAAGUAGACCAGCUUCCUCAAAGGUUUCAUGGUGCUCCACCUGAUGGACGUAUUCGCUUGCAGCUCAACAGCCAGCUUUUUGUAGGUGGGACAGCAUCCAGGCAGAAAGGAUUUUUGGGAUGCAUUCGUUCAUUACAGUUGAAUGGAAUGGCCCUUGACCUGGAAGAGAGAGCAAAGAUAACACCAGGAGUUGAACCAGGCUGUCCUGGACAUUGUAGCAGCUAUGGUAACCUGUGUCACAAUGGUGGAAAAUGUAGAGAGAAAUACAGUGGAUUCUCCUGUGACUGCACUUUCUCUGCCUAUGCUGGGCCAUUCUGUAAGAAAGAGAUCUCUGCCUAUUUUGGGACUGGCACUUCUGUGACAUACAAUUUUCAAGAAUACUACACCUUAGCUAAAAAUUCCAGUUCUCAUGCUUCUUCUUUCUAUGCUGACAUGACACUGAACAGGGAAGCAAUUACAUUUGCCUUCCGAACAACACGGACACCAAGCUUGCUGCUUUAUGUCAGCUCCUUCUACAAGGAAUACCUCUCAGUCAUUCUCACCAGAAACGGAAGUUUACAGAUCAGGUACAAGCUAGAUAGCCAUCAAGAUCCUGAUGUCUUCAGCAUCAAUAUCAAAAGCAUGGCUGAUGGACAACUACAACACGUGAAGAUUAACAGAGAGGAGGGAAUGCUCUUUGUAGAGGUUAACCAAAGUGAAAGAAUGAACUUUAUUCUGUCUUCAGGCACAGAAUUCAAUGCAAUCAAGUCUCUCACACUUGGCAAGAUUUUAGACAACAAUGGUGUAGAUGAGGAGACUAUGAAGGCAAAUUCCCAGGGGUUUGUCGGAUGUCUCUCUUCAGUGCAGUUCAACCACAUUGCUCCUUUGAAGGCUGCGCUGCACCACAGCAGCUCAGCCCCUGUCAUUGUAAAGGGACGCUUCACUGAAUCCAACUGUGGUACUUUAACUGGAGCUGACUCAACAUCAAGUGAAACAACCCAUUCAUUUGCAGAUCAGUCUGGACCAAUAGACGAGGGACAGCCCUUAGCUAAUGCAAUCAGAAGUGACUCUGCAAUUAUUGGAGGUGUGAUAGCAGUCGUGAUAUUCAUCCUACUUUGUAUCACUGCUAUAGCCAUACGCAUUUAUAAAAAAAAAGGCAUAUACUCAAAAAAUGAGGCAAAAGGAUCUGAAAAUGAAGACAGUGCUGAAUCUGCACUGAAAAGUGAGCUCAGCAUGCAAAACACAGCCAAUGAAAAUCAAAAAGAAUACUUCUUCUGA